AUGAAAGACCCGCAACACGCAAUGUUCACCAGCGGAGAGACUGAUCCCGUCUGGAUCCACAAAUUGCCCUACAAAGACAUCCCCCGGUUCUCCAAGCUUGACCGGGACCUGGAAACAGAUGUAUGCAUUGUCGGUGCCGGUAUCUCGGGUAUCUCGACCGCCUACGAGCUCGUCACGCGUGGGUUGAACGUCGUAUUGAUCGAGAGCCGCGAAGUGAUAUCUGGUGAGACCGGGCGCACGAGCGGUCAUUUGGCGAGCGAUCUGGACGACGGAUACCCAGAGAUUGCAAAGAAGCACGGCGACAAGGCCGCGAAACUUGCAGCUGAGUCUCAUGUUUGGGCGCUUAAUCGCGUCGGUGAACUCUCGAAGCAGCACGGCAUCGAAUGCGAGUACCGUCAGCUUCCAGGCUACGACUUCUCGCAGUACCCCAAGGGCAGCAAAGAGCAUGCAGACGAUAUCAAGACGCUGAUUGAAGAGGGCAUGAAGGCAAAGGAGCUUGGUCUUCAUGCUGAAUACGAGGAGGGUUUCAAACUCAAGGGCUGGGAGGGCAGCGUCGAUCAGAGCGACGCCGUGAUCUUCCAGGGCCAAGCGACGUUCCACCCUACGAAAUACCUCGUCGGCCUCCUCGAUUUCCUCAAGCAGCAACCGAACUUCUCCUGCUACACCCACACACGAUGCAUGGACGUUACCGAGAAGGGUGUCGAGAUCUUGGGCAUGGGUCACAAGGAUGUCUACGUCAAGACGCUGGACGGCCACACCAUCAAGUGCGCCGAUGCUGUCGAGGCGACUUGCAUCCCUCUGCAGAAGCUCUCCGUCAUUGCACAGGAGGAGUACUACCGCACAUACUGCAUCGCCGCUCGCGUACCCAAGGGCUCGAUCGAAGACUGUCUUUUCUACGACUCUGCCGAGGUGUACAAGUAUGUUCGUCUCACUGAAUGCGACGACAAGGACGACUACCUCGUUGUCGGUGGCGGUGACCACAAAGUCGGCCAGUCAGAUACCCUCGCUCCCUUCGCAGAGCUCGAGGAGUGGACGCGCGCUCGCUUCCCACAAGUCAGUUCCAUCGAUUACAAGUGGAGCGGCCAAGUCAACGAGCCUGUCGACUUCAUGGCCUUCAUCGGCCUGAACCAAGGCAUGAAGCACACCUACAUUGUCACUGGCGACUCCGGCAAUGGCCUCACCCACGGCGUCAUCGCCGGCAAACUCAUCGCGGAUGAAAUCACCGGCGAAACCAAUCCCUGGACUGCCAUCUACGACCCCAAGCGCGUCAUCUCCAUCGUCAAUUCCCUCCCCAGCAUGGUUUCGCACGACCUCCAGAUCAACUCGCAGUACAAGCGCUUCCUCCAGUCCGAUAUCACGGACAUUGAAGACCUCGUCCCUGGUGAAGGCGGCGUGCUGAACACAAAGACUAGCAGGCCGCUGGCAGUGUACAAGGAUGAGGGCGGCCAGAUUCACAAGUUCAGUGCGCUGUGUCCACAUUUGAAGGGCGUGGUGUGCUGGAACACGGCGGAGAAGAGCUGGGACUGUCCUGUACAUGGCAGCCGAUUUAGCAAGGAUGGAGUGCAGCUCUGUGGGCCGUCGAAAGCGGGGUUGGAGCCGGCUGAUGAGGCGGGGGAGAAGAGUCAGGGACAGGCGUUGAAGGAGUAG